UUCUCGUCGCUGCUGUGAGUAGUAGCUGUAGCUGCAGUUCGGGACCGUUUCGCUGUGGACACAGAUGUCUCCACCUGUGACCGGUGCCUGCGUGUGAACCGAGCCGAGCACAGUCAAGACGUCGCCGGCAGCGGAUGCCGCUCACGGUGCGGAAUUCUGCCGGGAGGAGGAGGAAGAAAACCCCGGAUGAGAAGAGACCCGGGGAGUCGACUUCUUCUCAGGUGAUGGCGCCGACCCGCAUGAAGCUCCGCGUGCGUCGCCGUAACGGCGCAGCAGGAGGCAGUCAGCCGGCAGAGGAAGAGGAGAGGAGUCGAGAGAGCCGCAGCAGCCGGAGGAAAACCGCCAACAACGCUGCUUCCACCUCCGCUGCUGCUACUGCUGCUGACACCACCUCCCCUCCCUCAACCUCCACCACCACGGCCUCAACCUCGACUCGGGCAAUGGUGGCGGCAGAGGACGCGUCGCCCGACUCCAAGUGCCCCAUCUGCCUGGACCGCUUCAACAACCUGGCGUACCUGGACCGCUGCCUGCACCGCUUCUGCUUCCCCUGCAUCCAGGAGUGGUCGCACAACAAGGCGGAGUGUCCGCUCUGCAAGCAGCCCUUCACCUCCAUCCUGCACUCGGUCCGCGCCGAGGACGACUUCAAGGAGUACACGCUGCGGCCGCCGCCCGCCAGCAGCAGCGUGGCGGCCACCGUGGCCAUGGUGGCGGCGAUGGUGUCGGCCGCCAGGAACGACCCGCGCAUGCUGCGUCUGAUGCUGAGGAGGAACAGGACGGCGGACGGAGGCGAGAGUCUCAUCAGGAGGACGAGGAGGGAGCGGGGGGGACGAGGAGGCAGGGGCGCUGGGGUGUGGGAGAUGUACUUUGACUCUCCGACUCUUCCUCUCGCUUCUCUGUCUCCUAAUCUCACUGCUGCAGAGGACGGAGGCGAGGGGGAGGAGCUGGGGCGACAGACAAACAGGAGGCGGCCGGAUCCGGGGCGUGGGGUAAUUUUCGAUGGACUCACGGGCCCCAGGCCGACGAGGACGCACAACGACCGCACAUAUCGGCGGCUGAUGACGCGCCUCGUGGCAAGACGCCGCCAGCAGCAAGAGGGCGGGGCUGUGCGGCGGCUCAGGGAGAGAGAGACGGUGGCUUUCCGCCGCGGCCUGUACCGCUGUGGAAUACGGGUCCACGGUGUCGCCGGGGUCAACGACAACCAAGCACAACAGUGUGACAUCUCAGCAGAGAGUUUCCGCCACAACCCCGCCCACCUUAACAAACUCCGCCCCUGGCUGCGGCGGGAGCUCACGGUGCUGUACGGCGCUCACAACUCUCUGGUCGACAUCGUCCAGCGCAUUAUCAUGGCACAGCUCUCCCGCCACGGACUGGAGGACACGCCCACCAUCGAAGACGAGCUGCGGCCGUUCCUGCUGGCUCGCACCGACCACUUCCUGCACGAGCUGGUCAGCUUCGCUCGCUCGCCGCUCACACUGGAAAACUACGACCUGCAGGCGGUGUACGAGCCGCCCGCCGCCGCCAUGGAGCUGGAGGGGAUGAGCAGCCCCUCGGACAGCAGCUCUGUCAUCGCUAUUUCUGAGGGCGAGGAAGAGGAGGGGCCUGUGGGAGGAAGGUCAGCGGAGGGAAUGGUGGCGAGCGCUCAUGAUGAUGAUGAUGUCAUCCAAGCAGGAAGCUGCCUCAGCCUGUCAGCGUGGGAUGAUGAAACGCCAGGCCCCUCCUACUCCACCGCAGAGCCGUCAUGUUCUCUCACCCCGCUGACGCCUAACUCCGCCCAUCAGGGCGCAGCCAAUGAGGAGGGAGAGAAGGCGGAGGAGUGUUUGAUUGUCGGGUACAAGAAGCCGAUCGCGGAACGAACUCCCGAGCUGGUGCAGCUCUCCUCCGACACCGAGGAAGACGAAGUCAAGGCCAAAAAGGAGGAGUCAGCUGAUAAGGCUCCACCCCUCCCCUCCACCACCACCUCUCCUCCUCUCUCAAUACCUCCGUCUACAUCCAGCGCCUUCCGGGAGGAGCAGGACGAAUCGCUAAAGGAGAAAGCCGACGGGGCGGCGGCUUGUCGAUCACGUGCACGCUCAUGGUCGGCGAGUUCGGGAAGAAGUCACGAGUCUGUGAGCUCACUCAGCCCGAGCGAGCGUUGCCAGGACUGGAUGCAACAAGGCGGCGACAACAGGAGGAGGAGGAAGAAGAGGAGGAGGACGCAGGAGAAGAGCGGCACGCUCUACAACCCGAACCGCUCCAUUUAUCCCGCCAUGCUGUGCCGCCGCCCCCACACGCCCUCACCGUUUCACUCCAGCGUCGAGUCCGGCUCACCGCUGCCGCCCAGUCCACUGGACUCCAGCUGGGACUUCAACUGCUCCUCGCUCAGCUCCUCGCCGUCCCACGCUUCCUCGCCCCUCUGCCUGUCCCCGCAGCAGUCCUCGCCACAGACGCCACCGACGCCCUCGCUCUCGCCGAGCGACGCCCACAACAGGGAGAAACCCGGCGGGAAGAGGAAGUACAAGAGCCGCCACCUGGACAGCAACGACAAGGACCCGACCUGGAGGCCCAGCGGCGGCCAUCAGCAGGAGAGGAGGCGGGACAGCGAGAGCAAGAAGAGGAAGACGAGGGCGAGAGACGGCAGGAGAAGGCGGCGGAGGAAGGAGAGCGGCGGUUACCACGGCGACAGCAGCAGGAAGUGCAGAGACGACCGCAGUCCCAGCGUGGAGAUCGUCUACGAGCGCAGCUGCGCCGCGGCGCCGCCUCCUUCACGCAAACGCCGCAGGAAAGGCCAUCGCAACACGCAACACAGCAGCUCUCCUGUGAUCAUCACGCUCGACAGCGACAGCAGCCGCGACGCCCUCAACAGCAGCAGCAGUCCGCUCAGCAGCCAGCAGACCGUCGACUUCUCCGACCUCCCUCCUCUCCCGUUGGUCCAUUCCGACGGCAUGGGCGGGGCUUUGGAUGAAGAGAUCGGCGAGCUUCCCAUCAACAUCCUCGACCGGGGGUCUGAUGGGUCGGAGGCGGAGCCGCCGGGUCUGCGAGAGACCAUGUGUCCCAUCGACGUCGGGAGCAACAGCAACAGUGAUCGUGACAUCGAUGUCGAGAACGACGAUGGCGACAGACCGUCUUCAAGUGUACACGAGCCAAUCAGAGCGGCCGAACAACGAGCACCGGCUGCUCGUAAUAAGUGUAAUCGCAGAAAAUCAACAGGGAAAAAGGGGGGCGGCGACUGUCCCGCAACAAAUCUUCACAAAAGCGCCUCGCCCUCCGACAGCCGUCUGCUCGCUGCCAUUCUUGAAGACCUGAAGGGAAUUGUCGCACCUAAACGCGACCUUUCUUUGACCUUUGACUCAAGUCACUCACCUGACUCAGGAAGAAGGCGCUCGCGAAAUCCGUGCAAGGCCAAUCGGACUCACUCAAAGCCGGAUACCGCGGGGGAUCCGGAGCUCAAAGACCAAAGUCAGGACUCUGAGUUGCCAACGUGUAGUAGCUCCGCCCCCUCGCUGUCUCCUCCGCAGCAGACGCGGCGCAUGGACGUCCCUCCACUCCUGAAACGCGCCAGUCCCGUUCGCUCCCACAACCGGAACACGCCGCCGCCAUUAAAGCACAAAGACGCAGGAACUCCGCAACUGUCGCCCGUCGCGGCGCUCUUCUCCGAAGCAGACUCUCAUGACUCAAACCUGACGCCGCCCCUCACUGAAUCCCGUUUGCCCACAGGCGAUGACGUCAUCCCCCCGAUUUCAACGCUCAAGAAACACUUUGCGGGCUCUUUGGCGCUGAGAGGAGUCUCAGGGUCUGCGGGCGGCCCGGCGACUCCUGCUGACAUCAGCAACCACAAACCUCCCGUUGAUUACCGCUCAUCUUUUGGGUCUGACGACAGUUCAGCAAAUAUUGGAUCUUUACUUUUACCAAUCAGUUUUUAUUCUCCUUCGUUACAUUCCAGCUGUGACGGCUGGCCUUCACAGAGUCUUAGAUUUCCACCCGUUAACUUUCUUCCUGCGAAUUCUGUUUCUCCUGUUAAUUUCCACUCGAUGGAGCCCGGCUGGUCCAAACUGCCUCAUGCCAACUACACUUCUGUCGGUCACGGGGAAAAGACCGCCGGCCUAAGUUCUUCUCGGGUUCCUCCCGAUGACUUCCAUGGUGCUAGAGACGCAGCGGCAGGUAGCGGCGUUUCUAACGAUGUGUCUUCUACUCUCUUGGCUUCGACCGUUGAAGCAAGGACUCACAAUUCCUCCUCACCCGUCGAGGAUCUGUCCUCGAGGUCCAGAUCUCCUGGUGAGUUCCACUCGAUGGAGCCCCGCUGGUCCAGACCGGCUCACACUGACUCUACUUCGGUCAGUCACGGGAAAAAGACCGUCGGCCUAAGUUCCUCUCGGGUUCCUCCCGAUGACUUCCAUGUUGCCAGAAGUAAAGGUGCUGGAGACACAGCGGCAGGUAGCGGCGUUUCUAACAAUGUGUCUUCGACUCUCUUAGCGUUGACCGUUGAAGCCAGGACUCACGAUUCCUCCUCACCCGUUGACUCCCACUCUUCCAGCAAGGGAGACAAUCUGUCCCAGAGGGUGAGAAGUCCUGAACGUACCGUCCACUCUUCCAGUGCAGCUUCAGACGGACUGACAGGCGGUAGAACUUCUUCAACAGUCAAUCACGAAGGUCACCUACCGCCCAACGCGAGCUUAAAUUCUCACAUUACCCCGAGUCAACGCGAGGGACGCCUCAACCACGCCGCCUUACCCUCGUCUGUGUUUGACUUGGUGACCGCGGAGGAUGAUUCGCAGUCGGAGCGCGUCGCCGAUUCCCAACCAAAACUUCACAACCACUUUGAUGCGAAGUCCGUGUCGCAGGUUCCCGUUGACGCGCUCUCAGAACAGAAUCUCGCCAUGGACUCAAAAAGCUCUCACGGGGACUUUGAAAAAGACGGACGCGUCCCCAACUCUGACGCCUCCGGUGGCGCCCGAUCGGACUCAGUCGCCCGUUGACGAAUGUUCGCCCCGCCGGUGUUUUUUUUAAAAAAAAAAGACAUUCACGAUAGUCUACCACGUAGAAAAAUGUGAUGUUUCACUGAGAAAAUGUCAGAAAAGAAGACUUGAUUUGUAUUUUUAUGUUUCUUAUGUUGCGAUUCUUAAAAACAAUUAAAAAAAUUAUUGUUUGAAACAAGUUGUUCAUAGAUUUCGGAGAAAUUCUGGCCAUUUUAGGUUCAUACAAAAAAAAAAUUUUUAUUUCCGGGAGGGGCGGGGACAAAUGUUCGAGGUCUAAUUCAAAGGUUUUGGUGUGAAAUCUGACUUUUUAUUUUACUUUUAAGGUUUAGUCGCGAAUUAAAACGAUUUAAAAAAAAAAAAAAAUUAAUAAAUGAAAUUUGACGGAUACGUUUCACAGCUUUAAAGCAGCUUUAAAGGACAAUUCCUGCCUGUACUUUUCACCAGUCUCCAGGGAAACGUUAACCCCGCCCCCCGUCUGUCUGUCGACCUCAAGAAGUAACAAUGUGUUAAAGACGACGUGUGAUGCUGGUCGUCAUGUACAUGAGAGUCUGUGAGGACGUGUCCUGAAUAAAGGUCUGGUCAGAACAUGA